UUAUAUUCACACACAGAGAGAAAAACAAAGAAGUGUGUGCCAAAUUUUGAUGCUUUUCUUGCGAAUACAAAAGUCCCCUUUCUUUAGUCUUUUUCAUCCCUUCCGCCAUUAGAGACAUGCAACGAGAAAUGCUCUCUUGCCUCUAAACUAUUUAUUCCCGUAUAAAAGCUCCAGUCUUUAUUCGUUUCAUAGAUGAAGAAGGAGGAUCAAGCCAGGUCUCUGCUGGGGAUUUCUCUGACUGGCAGGCCCACGUGGCAGCAGUUCUUGAUUUGCUCUUCUGGGUUCUUCUUCGGCUACCUCGUCAAUGGAAUUUGUGAGGAAUAUGUCUACAAUCGCCUAAAUUUCAGCUUUGGUUGGUAUUUCACCUUUGUGCAAGGCUUUGUAUAUUUGGUGCUUAUAUACUUGCAGGGCUUCACCACCAAGCAAAUGGUGAAUCCGUGGAGAACGUAUGUGAAGCUCUCGGCUGUGCUUAUGGGUUCCCAUGGAUUAACGAAGGGCUCGUUGGCUUAUCUUAAUUACCCGGCUCAGAUCAUGUUUAAGUCCACCAAGGUGAUCCCUGUUAUGGUGAUGGGUGCGUUUAUCCCCGGGUUGAGAAGAAAGUAUCCCAUCCACGAGUAUAUCUCAGCUAUCCUCCUUGUUAUCGGCCUAAUUCUCUUCACCUUAGCCGAUGCCAACACUUCCCCCAACUUCAAUAUCAUUGGGAUCGUGAUGAUUGUGGGCGCUCUAGUCAUGGACUCGUUUCUAGGGAACUUCCAGGAAGCAAUCUUUACUACGAAUCCCGAAACAACCCAGAUGGAGAUGCUAUUUUGCUCGACGGUCGUUGGCUUGCCUUUCCUAUUGGCACCCAUGAUUUUGACUGGAGAGCUCUUCAGGGCAUGGAGCUCUUGUUAUGAGCAUCCUUACGUCUACGGAGUGCUCGUGUUUGAAGCGAUGGCUACGUUUAUCGGCCAAGUCUCUGUUCUAUCACUCAUUGCCCUUUUUGGGGCUGCCACCACUGCUAUGAUAACCACAGCGCGAAAGGCCGUGACGUUGCUGCUGUCGUACCUGAUCUUCACCAAGCCGCUGACUGAACAGCACGGCUCGGGGCUGAUCCUGAUCGCCAUGGGCAUCGUGCUGAAGCUCGUCCUCGACAGUAAACCCAUGCCACACGCUGCUCGGCCGGAUUCUGCCCCCACGCAGGGGCGAUUCAGCGGGCUGAAGGGAAGUAGAGAAGAUGGAGAGGAAGAGGAAGAUGAAGAUGAAGAGAAAAGGGCACUGGUUUAGGAUUCAAGAAUUGAAUUUUAGUUAAUUUUUCUUCAUUUACUUGUGUUUUUUGGCUUGGCUUUGGCAAGUAGAGAAGUGCAAAGUUUAUUUCCUGCCAA